UGUUGGCGUUUCUUGUGGCCGCUAGCCAAACUACAGCGUCGAGAGAAAAUAAAAUAUGGCGAAAAAAUCUGCUGGCGGUCCAAACGCGGUAGCUCCGUAUUAAUGGUAAAGUUUAUCUGAUAAAAAGUGAUUGUGAGUGUAUUUAAAGUAUCGCCAGCGGUAGAGUAAACCGCAAGCUAGAGAAAACGUCCGUCCAUCCGUUCGUUGUCCGUCGCGAAAAUGGAGCCACCGACGGCAGAAGCGGUGCUGCAAGGCGUUUUCACCCUGUACAACGAUCCGAACAAUGUGGAAAAGGAGAAAGCCUCCAAGUGGUUGGAAGAAUUCCAGAAAUCGAUUCAUUCCUGGAAGAUAGCGGAUGAGUUGCUGCGGCAAAAACAUGAUCUUAAUUCCUGCACAUUUGCGGCGCAGACGAUGCGUAACAAGAUACAGAACAGCUUUCACGAGCUGCCAGAAUCGGCCCACGAAUCCCUGCGGCAGUCCCUGCUGGAGCAUCUCAGCCACAUAACGAUCGAGACGAAAUCGGUCAUCGUGACGCAGCUGUCGCUGGCGCUGGCCGAUCUGGCACUGCUCAUGUCUUCCUGGCAGAAGCCGGUCGCCACGCUGCUGCAGCGCUUCUCCAGCAACGCGAACAUGAUGUACGCACUGAUCGAGCUGCUGACGCUGAUCCCGGAGGAGGUGAAUUCGCGCCACCUGCGACUCGGCGCGAACAGGCGGAAAGAGAUACUGAUCGACCUGGAGGCCGACUCGACGCUGGUCAGCGAAUAUUUAACCGUCUGUCUCGUGAACGGCAACGAGAACGAGCUGCUCCGCUCGAAGAUACUGAAGUGUUUUACCUCCUGGGUGCAGAUCAACGCAUUUAAGCUGCCCGAAAUUAGCGACAGCAUGAUCAUCGUGUACUGCUUCCAGCUGCUUAGCAGCGGCACCACCAGCCCGGAUCUCCACGAGGCCGCCACCGACAGUCUCUGCUCGCUGCUACACUGCAUGGAGCUGAACAACUCGCGCGGCGGGCUGGACGAGAAGCUGUUCGGCGGCAUCAUGUGCCUGGAGGAGGCGUACAACAUGUCGGUCGCGCAGGAAGAUCUGGACAAGUCGAUGAAUCUGUGCCGGCUGUUCACGGUGCUGGUGGAGAGCAAUCUGACGCGGAUGGUGGCCUUAUCGGACGACGAGACGCCCCACUACUCGGUCAAGUCGCUCGAUCUGGUGCUGAACUGCGUCGGCCACUACGAUUACGAGGUGGCCGAAAUUACGUUCAACAUGUGGUACCGGCUGAGCGAGGAUCUGUACCAGCGGAACAACUAUCAGCUUACGGCGCACUUCAAGCCGUACGUGGAGCGUCUCAUCGCGGCCCUGUACAAACACUCGCAGCUCGACCCGGACCACGAUGGGCUGGUAGAGGAGGGCGGAUCUUUCAAGGAUUUCCGAUCGAAGGUUUCAGAAAUAAUUAAGGACGUCAUAUUUAUCGUCAGCUCGAUCAGCUGUUUCAAGCAGAUGUUCGUCGUACUGCAGUCCCCGAACGUGUCGUGGGAGUCGAGCGAAGCGGCACUGUUCAUCAUGCAAAACGUGGCGCGCAACAUUCUGCCAGAGAUAAUGGAAUUGGGAGAGCGUGAGAUACCAACGUCGCGGUUCAACCAGCUUUGUGAGGAGAGCGAGGUCGUGCCGAAGGUGGUCGAGGCGAUACUGAACCUGCCGGAAAACUGCCACAUCGCGAUCCGCUACACAUCGAUCAGCAUUCUGGGCGAGCUGUGCGACUGGAUCGACUCGAACCCGGAAACGCUCCAGCCGGUGCUGAACUUCCUGCUGUUCGCGCUGCAGCAAAAGAACGGGCUGGCAUCGGCGGCCGCCAACUCGCUGCAGCUGAUCUGCUCCACGUGCAAGAAGCACAUGGUCGGCCACAUUAGCGGACUGAUGGAGAUAGCGCGCUGCCUGGACAGCUUCGACAUCCAGUCGGAGUCGGCGAUCGGGCUGCUGAAGGGCAUCUCCAUCAUCAUAGGGCGUCUGCCGCCGGCCCAGCUUACGCCCGCCAUGCAGGAGCUGUGCAGCUUCCAGGUGGAGGCGCUCAGCCGCCUCGCAAACGGCGACGACGACGGGCUGGACGGGAAGAAGAGCCGCUCCGAUCCGGCCUUCUGGCUGGACCGGUUAGCCUCCAUCUACCGGCACGUCAGCCCGACCGUGCGCAACAACGAGGUGAACCCGUGCGCGUUCGUCAUCGUCAACAACUGGAACGUGUUGUCGCGCGCGCUCGAGCGGUACAAGAACGAUUCGAAGAUCAUGGAACGCAUCGUGCGCUGCAUCCGGUACGCCAUACGGUGUAUUGGGAAGCAGGCGAUGCCGAUACUGGAACCGCUGGUGAAGCAGAUCAUCACCAUCUACUCCGGCCACAAUCACAGCUGCCUGCUGUACCUGGGCAGCAUACUGGUGGAUGAGUUCGCGUACGAGGAGGGCUGCACCCAGGGCCUGCUCAACAUGCUGCAGGCGUUCAUCGAGCCAACGUUCGGCGUGCUGCAGAUGGAGAACGGGCUCAAGAACCACCCGGACAUGGUGGACGAUUUCUUCCGCCUGGCGACGCGCUUCAUACAGCGCGCUCCGCUCCAGUUCCUGCAGUCCCCGCUCGUGACGCCGAUUAUACAGUGCGGGCUGUUGGCGUGCACGCUCGAUCACCGCGAGGCCAACAUAUCUGUGAUGCGGUUCUUCUGCAGCCUGUUGCGCCACGAUCGGGCGAACGAUCUGGAACCGAUGGUGCAGUCGAUACUGGCAUCGCACGGCGAAGCGCUCAUCAUGAACCUGCUGUACGCGUCCGUCUUCUGCCUGCACUCGAACAUGCUGUCGGACGUGGCGGAGGUAUUUGUCGAAAUUAAGCAGCACAGCCCGCACCAGCUGGAGGAGCACGUGAAAAAGGCGGUCGACUCGCUGCCGAAGAAGAACAGCGGUGGCUCCGUAACGGUAACGCACGAGCAGAUGGUGCAAUUCGUAACCAACGUGGUCAACUCCCAGACGGCGAGAGCCACAACGCAAGCACUGCAAGACUUUGCGCGGUUAUAUCGAUAGACAACGGAGAAGACGGCGAAACAGUUGUCCUGCAGUUAGCUCUAAUUGAUACGUGUAACUGACUACAGUUUGUUAUUAGUGACGAAGUGCGAAAAACACACCCUGUACAUACAUUAACUCCCCAUUCAAACGGUAGUGCGUUCGUGACGUAUAGGAUUUCCGGCUCGAACGGAAGAACACAGUUUUUAAGUGAUCGCGAUGGAAGAAACGAACACUUACACGAGAAGAGGAA